UAAAAACAAAGGGGAUUAAGACAAGGUACCUACAGUCAAGAAUUUACCAUUUAAUAUAAAAAUAAGUAGCUAAAACCUCCAUCUAGGAGAAACUCUCAAAUUUCUAUGACCAGCUUUGCAGAGGCUACUGUCGCCAGGAGUCCUGGUACUAUCAGCCAUGGACAACCCCACCAUGUUCUUCGACGUUACUGUCGGCAGCGAGCCCUUGGACCACGUCUCCUUCGAGCUGUUUGCAGAAAAGAUUCCAAAGACAGCAGAAAACAUUUGUGCUCUGAGCACUGAAGAGAAAGGAUUUGGUUAUAAAGGUCCCUGCAUUCACAGAAUUAUUCCAGGGUUUAUGUGUCAGGGUGGUGACUUCACACACUGUAAUGGCACUGGUGGCAAGUCCAUCUACGGGGAGAAAUUUGAAGAUGAGAACAUUAUCCUGAAGCAUACAAGUAUCUUGUCCAUGGCAAAUUCUGGACCCAAUACAAACUAUUCCCAGUUUUUCAUCUGCACUGCCAAGACGGGGUGGUUGGAUGGCAAGCAUGUAGUCUUUGGCAAGGUGAAAGAAGGCAUGAAUACUGUGGAGGCCAUGGAACUCUUUGGAUCCAGGAAUGUCAAGACCAGCAAGAAGACCACCAUAGAUGACUGUGGACAGCUCUGGUAA